AUGAGCUUGUCCGAAAAUAAUCGUUUAGAAGCUCAAAAAUGGUAUCACGGCUUAACAACACGUGAUAUAUGCAGUCCUUUAUUAAAGGAGAAAGGUGAUUAUCUUGUUCGAGCUUCACAAAAAGGAAGCUCAGUUGGAAUUACUUUGAAUGUUAGAAAUGAUAAUGAGAAGAAGGCUGUUGAUAAUUUUGCAAUUACAACUGUUGGAAGUGAGAGACGAUAUGUCUUACGUGCUGUCAUCAAAGAAAACAAUUUUCCAGCCUUUGAUUCUAUUCCUAACUUAGUCAAAUAUUAUAAGAUACAUGAUUUGCCAAAUGGCAUACGGUUAAGACGAGGCAUUUCAAGACCCAAAUGGCUGAUCAGCAAUGAAGCUGUUGUUUAUGAAAAAAGCUCUGAGCUUGGUUCCGGAAAUUUCGGAGCUGUUUACAAAGGAACUCUACACAACUGUAUACCAUGUGCUAUAAAGAUUGUUCAAAUGAGAGAUAAAGACUCAACGCCAUCUGAAACAGAUGUGGAACAAGAGAAUGAAGCUCGAAUUGGGAUGAUUAGAGAAGCUGAUCUGAUGGCUUCAUACCAUCACGAAAACAUCGUCAAAUUUCUCGGAUUUGCUUGUUUUCAUCCGCCACUCAUGCUUGUGCUCGAAUUGUGCAAUGGAGGAAGCUUAGAUAAGCAUUUACGAAAAAAUGGAACAGAAUGUACUGAUUAUGAAAAACUUGUGUAUAUUCUUGAGGCGGCUCGCGGAAUGAACUACUUGCAUCGUAAGAACUGUAUUCACAGAGACCUUGCUUCCAGAAACUGUUUGAUUGAUCAAAAAGGAAUUAUUAAAAUUUCGGAUUUCGGAUUGAGUGUAAGCUUGAAGGCAGGUUCAUCCAUUACUGGUCAAAUGAGCAUUAUACCAUUACGAUGGAUGGCACCUGAAUGCUUAAGAUCGAAAAUGGAAUUCUCAUUCAAAACAGAUAUUUGGGCAUUUGGUGUUCUGAUUUAUGAAGUCUUUUCAAAUGGCUCAAAACCAUUUGUGGAUAUUGUUGGUGAUGAUGUUGAUCGGCGAAUAAUCAAAGCAAUCAAAAGCUGUCAAAUGCCAUCUGCUCCAAGAACAUCUCAUACAGUUGUUCAACAGCUCUUUGAUGAUAUCUGGCAAAAGGAUCCAGAGAAGCGACCGACAUUUUCAAUUCUUCUAAAGAAUGUAAUUGAAGCUUUACGAGGAACACCUUCAAUUUUGCCCACAAAAUUUGUUUUGAAUAAGAUAGAGGGCAUUCAGAGAGAAUCAGAUCCUAAAUUAAAUUAUGAAGAUAAUGAGAAGCGAUCAAACAGCUUAAGCAGUAAUCAGGGCCCAAAGACCAUAUAUAGAAAAUCAAAACAUCGAAAUGGCUCAUAUCGUUUAUCAUCCAACAAAAAUCAAAUGAUUUCGUGUUCUGUUGUGGAUGAUGAAGCAAGCAAGGAUGUUGGAAGAUCAUUUCAUGCUAAAGAACGUCAGCAUCGUAAAAAGCAUUUUACUGAACGACAAACAAUUCAAGAUGAUUAUGAUCAUGAUGAUAAUGAUGAUGACGAUGAUGAAAACAAUGAUGAUGAUGAUGAUGACGAAAGAAGAUCCAAUUCGUUGUUUGGCUUGAAAUCCGAUAAAAGAAUUGAUGUAGACAUGGAAAAAAGAGCUUCAUCCAUCAAAGAUACUUGUAAGACUCCUCCUACUCCUCGAUAG